GUACUGCGGCGCAUGAUAGCAGUCCAUUGCUUUGUCGAGGAUUGAAUCUCAUUCAGUCAGCGCUUCUAGCCAUGAAUCUCAGCUGGUUUCCUGGCCACAUGGCCAAGGCGCUUCGCCAGUUGGAGCAGCGUAUCAAGCAAGUUGACUUGGUGCUUGAGGUCCGCGAUGCCCGGGUUCCUCUGUCUUCCUUCAACCCCCAUCUUGAGAAGCUGGUGGCAGCCAAGCGCCGGCUGGUGCUGCUCAAUAAGACAGACCUGGCGGACCCAGCGGCCACACGGGCGGCGACGGCGCUGCUGACGCAGCAGGCCGGGCUGCGGGUGCUGCCCUGCGAGGCCCUGGACGGCCGCAGCGCGGGGCGGGUGCUGGACGCAGUGCUGGACUGCAUGCGGUCCGGCAGGGCCCCCUCACCAACCACCGCCACGUCAGCAACCGCCUCAACCGCGAUGCCCUCCUUCGCCUCGGGGCGCGCCUCGCUCGCCCGGGGCCCCAUCGCCGCCUCGACCGCCGCUGCCGGCAUCGGCGCCGGCGCGCGCACCGGCGCCGCGGCUGGCCCCUCCCCGCCCGACCUGCGCUUGGUCCUGAUCGCGGGGCUGCCCAACACCGGCAAGAGCAGCCUCAUCAACGCCCUGAGGCGGGCGGCGGCGGCGCGAGGCUUGCUGGACGGCGAGCAGGCGUGGCGCAAGGCCGCGCGCUCGGGGCCGCUGCCGGGCGUCACCACCGCACUGGGUGGCUUCAGGGUGUGCCGCAGCCCCGCCGGCGCCGGUCACGGCGCCGCACACAACGGCGCCGGCGCCAGCGCCCAACACCCCACCGGGCGCACCAGAGGACUCAGACCCGAUCCUGGACAUGGUGCCGGAGUCGGCCCCGGCGAUGGCGAUUUGGGUCAGGUGUAUGUGUUGGACAGCCCGGGAGUGCUGGCGCCCGCUCUGCGAGACAUGGGGCUGGGGAGCGGGCACGGACACGGCGGGCAGUGGGGCCUGCCGCCCAAGCCGGGGGGAGGCGGCAAAGGCGGCGGCGGUGGAGGUGGGCCGGGAGGCGGGAGAGGGGCCAGGGCGCAGGCCUGGGAGCAACAGGGGCAGGAGCAGCCGGGCGACGGCGGCGAGGCGACGGCGGCGCGGCUGGCGAUUGCGGGGCUGCUGCCGGUGGACGGGCGCGGCGGGCUGGUGGCGGAGGGCCGCGUGCUGAGGCACCUGGUGCAGCUGCUCAUGUCGGACCCCCGGCGGCUGCGGGAGCUCUGGUGCGCCGCCGACAGCCAGGUGCACCACAUGCGGCUGCAGCAGCAGCUGCAAGAACAGCGCGGCGGCGGCAAUAGCAGGGGCAGCAGCAGCAGCCGCGAUGGUGCUGGCGGCAGUAGCAGCAGCGGCAGUAGCACUGGCGGCGACGUGCGGCUGGCGAGGCUGGUGUACGAGGCCGUAACGGCGCCGCUGGAGCAGCUGCUGCAGCAGGCGCGGGGCGGCGGGGCAGCGGAGGCGGCGCGCUGGCACCCAGGCCUAGGGGAUGAACUGGACGAGGAGGGGCAUGCAGAUGGCACGGCGGCGGAGGGGGGGAGAGGCCGGCGGCGCCGCGGCGACAGCCGCAGCAGCGCCGGUUCGGCUGGUGGCGGCAACCUGCUGGGCGCUGGGCCCUUCCGAAGCAGAAGCGGCAGCGGCGGGGGCGGGGUUGGACGGUGGGACCCCCUCGCAGCAGCGGCGGAGAUCGCGGUGGAGGAGGAGCAAAUGCAGCAAAAAAAGCAAGAAGCGCAGCAGCGCGCAGCAGCUGCGGAGACAACAGCGGCGGCCGCUCGAGCAGUGGCCAAGCGGCAGCAGUCGCUGUUGGAGGAUCCCGUUGGCAGUGUCUCGACUGCUUUCGCAGCGCGCGAAGCGCACGUGAGCGCGGCCGAGGCCGACGCGCGCGUGGAGGCUCUGCUGCGGCGGCUGACGAACGGCCACCGCGGCUCUUCGGCUACCGGCGGCGGCGGUGCGGUGGUCAACGCCGGGCAGCGGACGGCGGCGCAGCGCGCAGUGCUGAUUGCUUUCCGCAGCGGCGCGCUAGGGCGCUAUACGUGGGAUGACGUGCCGCUUGCCACGGCGGCCCCCGUCGCAACCGCCACCGUGGUCGCCGCUGCUGCUGGGGCUGCUGAUGCUGCUGCCGGCGGCUCUGUGCAGCAGCCGCGGCCGCAGCAGCCUUCGGCGGACCGCAACGGCAGCUCGCGGCGGCGGCGCCGACUGCUGUAGCGCCGCCGCCGCGCGCUGUAGCAGCUGUGUAAGCUGCAUCAGGCUGGGCGGCAGUAGCAGCUGUGUAAUAAGCUGCAUCGCAUAUCAGGCUGGGCGGCAGCGGUGAUCCUGGUCAACAGAUGCACGGCAGUGCGCGCGGCCGAGCCUCACUUCCUGCUGCCUGCUGCACGUGGCGCUGCUGCUGGAGCCAGGGGCGCCGGGGCCGCUGCUGGCGCCACCCGCAGCAGGUGGGUCACGGUUUUCCCUAUAUGAUCCUAUAGUAUAGGGCUUGGGCACGUUCGGCUAGUGCGAUGCGUGCCGGACAUAGCGCGUAUGAAGGGUUGCUGGUGAGCUGUUUCGCGGCGGCGACCGGUGGCGACUGCCCGCACUGCCGCUGCCUGCUAGUGAUAAGUAUGGGCACCCGAUGGUGAGGACUGCUGCCUACGGUAUGCGGCUGCCCCGCCGGUUCACGCCGCUGCAGAGCCACCUGCCACGCACUGCCGCAUACAUGCGUAUUCAUGCGGUGGUCGGGAGCAGCGCUGCGCGCGGCGCCUCGACGUACGCUAGUGGAUGGGUCAUGCGGUGCGCAUGUGGGCAAAGCGAUGGCGUGGGAUGCAUCACGCAUGCAUGCGGCACAGCCGCGCGUACGUCCCGGCCUGCUGCUGGCUACUGCGGCUGGUGCUUGACCCUGCCCACCGAGCAGCAGCCCGGGCAUAGGUCGGCGGCAGCGGCGCCCGGGCAUGGGCCGGGGCGGUUGGGGGCCGCGAAAGGACCCAUAAUAAGUCCCUGCCUGUGCAACGGCCAGCUCUGACGGUCCGCGGACAGCGAUUGUUUCCAGCAGCGAAUCGCUUUUGCAGUUUGCGUUGCGCAGCUUCACGCUCGCGACGUACGGUACUGCGAACAAGUUUCAAUUGAAUUACCCCAACGGCUCGCUAAGCUAUUGAACUCACGACCACCAGAAAGGGUCUGUUAAUAUUCCAAUGGAUGCGGAUACAAACGGAGCAAAUCGGUGCUGUACUGCCGCUGGCGAAGCGAUGGCUACGAAUCGUGAAGUAAGGUUCCGUCCCCUGGAAAAUGUUAGCCGAUGGCCUUCUAAUUCCAAUGUUGAUUUCAUGGUCGCAUGGCUGGUUCUAAUAAUUGAUUGGACGUGUCUUCGCUGGCACGCCUGUCCACCGCAGCCUUGUGCUGUUGCAAGCCUGGCUUCUAGGGCUUGUUCGCGCGUGUACUACCACCAAUAGCUCAACAGAGCAGCAGGGGACCCACAACUAUCAUGUAAAUCCUUCAUACGUUCCCGCGGCGUGUUAUGGGCGUUUGGCUACAUGUAUGUCUGCGCAUACAUAGCAGUACUUUUUCUUGCUGCAUGCGACGCGGCCCCAGGCAAUCAAUAAUAGGCAGCAGUAGUUCGAGUUUCCCAAGUCAAGCGAGUGCCGCGAGGGCCCACAGGCUUCCGUGCACGGGCUCUUGUCAGACUGCUGGGGGGAGUGGGAGCCAUGGAUGAUGGAGCGCACAUAUGUGUGUAUGCGUUAGGGUGGGGGGGGGGGGGGUAUGCAGCACAGCAGCAGUGUGCGCGGCGUGUGUGUGCGUGUCCGCCGGCACAUCAUAUGUUGCGUUUGCUUACGUGCGUGUGGCUGGGUCGAAAUGGGAAUCGAGGGAUAUAGCUCAGGAGGGCUGAAUGGAUGGCGCAACAUGGUUCCAUUCAGCCGCGGAAUGCAGCCCUGCCCCGAUUACCAGCCAUGCAUUCGACUUUGCAGGAGGCAGGCAUGCAGGAUGGUUUGACAUACACUUGCUUACGAUUUGAUUGCGGCAUGAGGCCGCGGCGGCAUGGGCUGGGUGGCAGGGGCGCACGCACGGCUAGCGCCCGGCCCUCGACGCAUGGUGUGUGUGGGAUGCAGCGGGUGCAGCGUUGCCCUGCAUGUGUUGCUUGGCCUGCCUCCCACCCACUACAGUAGGUAUGCCAUAGUAUGCCCCCUGCUGGACAAGGUGGGCUGGCAUACAUUGUGCGCGUGAGAGUGGGCUGUUACAUGUGUGGGGUCCCGACACUGUUUAGUGAUAAGUGAUGGGUGGUUGGCGCACGCGGGCACAUACAUACGUGGAUGGCAGCAGGCAGGGCGCACAGCAGGUAGGGUAGAUACGGUAGCGAACGUGGAUGGCUGCUGCUAGCUGGGGGCAACCAGAGGAGUUCUCCUGGGGGCAACGGUGAUGUGUAGCCAUACAUACGACGUCAUCAGCAGUAUCGGUAGUGCAUGGCUACACAUGUGGUAUUCGGGUGAGCCGGCGAGGCAUUCAAACAGCAGAGCUCACCCGCCGCGGCGCGCGGAGUUUCACCGCAGCGGAGUUUCGCGCACGUACGCCCCAGCAGCACAUUAUUGGUACCGUAGGUAGUGGCUAAACUUCCAGGCAGUGCUGGGACUCCCGCGUGGGAGGCCCCAAAUGAAGGAGGCGGCCGGAGGGGCCCGCAGGUGCCACCGCUAGCUGCGCAGGGCUUUAUCUUCCAGAAGUAGCUGGCUGGCGAGAAGGGCCCUAACCACGCACGUUAGUUUGGGCUGGUAGUUACAACCCCCCCCAAAGGAAGGGGCAGUUGGCGAGAUUCGGGACCGUAUGCAGCCCCACGCGGCAAGAAUGCAACCCCGGAAAGGUCCAAUCUUUCUCGCUCGCUCGACGGC